CCUUAGCCACUUUUAAGCACCAAUCCAUCAAGCUCCUCUCAAGCCUGAUGCGCCCCGGGACCUAUUUACUGACCUUGGAGAGCUGGAGAGCUUUAGAAAAAAGUCCAUUUGAAUUAAGAGCUAUUGGAUGGAAACCGAAUACCUGAAGAGGUGCUUUGGAAAUUGCCUGGCCCAGGCACUGGCAGAGGUGGCAAAGGUUCAGCCCAGUGACCCCAUAGAGUACCUGGCUCACUGGCUUUAUCAUCACAAGAAAACUGUGAUAGCAAAAGAAAAGGAUAGGCAAGAGAAGGUCCAGCUGCAGGAAGAAUAUGAAAAUAGCCUCAAAGAAACCAGAGUGACAGAAAUGCUGAUGCAAGAAGAGUGUGAGAUUCAACAGAAGUGUGAAAAGUGUCAUCCCGUGCCACUGAUAUCUGUAGUGGGUUCCACAAAGAAGACCAUGUUUAUGCAGGAGAACACAAAACCCCUUGAGAAGGAAGCCUUGAAGCAGGAAUCCCUGCCAGGAACUUCCAGUAUGAUUCCAGGAAUGCCUCAACAGAUUCAUUCUUCAGAGCCAUCUGUCCAGGUUGACUGGAACAUUGAAACUCCACAAGACAUAAAUUACCAGACUUUUCAGCAUGAAAUUGCUCCUGAAAUGCAUCCUGGCUCCAAAUCUCCUCCCUAGGUUAUAGAAGGUGGAUGAUUCUAAUUAUGCUUCUCUCAAAGCUGCAAGCUGAGAAAAUGGCCAGCUAGAAGAGCUCUUACUUGAAGAUGAUUAACUAUGUGGAUUAAACCAAGAUAUGAGAGGCUGUGGAAGGAGGUGUCUGCAGGGACUCUCCAGCCCAAGACCUGUCCUGAUAGCCAUGAAAACCCCUUAAUCAUGUGAAGAUUUGAACUACUUAUAGGAUAAAAUAACUCAUAAUAAGGAUUUAAAAUAAGUAACCAGGGCCUCCCUGGUGGCGCAGUGGUUAAG